AUGGCGAAGAAACAGCAAGAGACCAAGCAAAAGUCCAUCAGAGACAUUCGGAAGGAGCUAGAAGAAAAGGCAUUUGGGCUGAAGAACAAGAAGCAGAAGGCGGCGAUUCUAAAGCAAAUUGAAAGUCUUAAUCUUAAGGAACAGCUUGAGAAGAAGGAAAAGAUGAAGAAGGAAGAGAAGAAUGUGCCUGUGAAGCAGGUGAUUCCGGUGGGCGUGGAUCCCAAGACGAUUCAAUGCGUCAAUUUUCUAAACAAGAUUUGCCCGGAUGGCGAUGCAUGUAAGUUUGCACAUAAAGAAGUCAAGAAGGUUGAAAAGCCAAAAGAGGAAAAUGCAUCCGAAGGCCCCAAGCGCAUAUGCCAGUUCCUUAUUGAUGCUUUGAAUUCUGGGGAAUAUGGAGACAACUGGAAAUGCCCGUUUCCAAAAUGUGUUGACAUCCAUAGGCUUGUGGAAAUCAAGGAAAAUGCACAGGUGGAGCUGAGUCUUGAAGAAUACAUAGAACUGUCCAGGCAGUCUCUUCCGGAGAAGCUUACUCCACUAACCGAGGAAACAUUCAAGCAAUGGAAGCUCAGGAAGCAGAAGGAGGAGAAAGAGCAUGCCAGAAAGGUCAAGGCCAUAGCAACAGGGAUGAAGGGAAUAGAGCUGUUUGAAGCAAGGAGAGAGCUAUUCAAGGAUGACGAGGAGGCCGAGGACUUGGACUACACAGAAAGAUGUUAUUCGGAGUCUGAGGACGAGGAGGACCAUUCCAAAUAA